AUGGAGGCUCUCCUGUCACUCGCCUUCGAUAACUUGUCCUCCUAUGACGGCCCCAAGAUCCGCAAGGGGCUGCGCCAGGUCGAAGGCCUCCUGGCGCAAAUCUGCCUGUCCAACAGCUCCUCUGGACGAACCCGGUCUUCGUCCCUCUCCUCGUCUGCGGUUGGCCAUGACGACGACGACGACGAUGCCUCGGGUAAUGCCCCUCGCAAGGAUCUCGCCCAGCUCACCCAGGACCCGGCCUUUCGGGAGUUCUUCAAGCUGCAGGAGGGCUUCGAGUGGAACGUCGCCAUGCGCCUGACCAGCACGCUGGAUCGACUCAUGGCCAAGGGCAGCGACGGCCAGAACGACUUGCUCAUCCUCAGCGCGCUGGAUCUCAUCCAGGGCCUCUUACUGGAUCUUCUCGAGCCCUACAACUGCCCGGCGAUCCAGUCUGCGACUCUCCUGACCCUCGUCGUCGCCCUCAUCGACACCCCCAACAACACGCGCACCUUUGAAGGGCUCGACGGCCUGCUGACGGUCACGUCCCUCUUCAAGUCGCGCUCCACCUCCCGCGAGGUCAAGCUCAAGCUGGUCGAGUUCCUCUACUUCUACCUCAUGCCCGAGACGCCCUCGAGCCCUCGCGCCGCCGAUCACCGCGAGUCUGUCUUCCAGCGCAGCCCCUCGAAGCUCUCUGGCGCAUUCGGCGCGGACGGUAGAAGCGGCCGCAAGCGCGCCAACAGCAACGGGGUCAUGACGCUGACCACGGCGGAGAAGCAGCAGCUCCUGAGUCGCCAUCUUAGCAGUGUGGAGGACCUGGUCAAGGACUUGCGAACCUGCGCGCCCUUUGGCGGCAUUGUAUGCUGA